AUGCAGAUCUUCGUGAAGACGCCGGCGGGAAAUACCGUCACCCUCGAGGUCGAGAGCAAAGACACCGUCGACAAUGUCAAGGCCAAGAUCCACGGCAAGGAAGGCAUCUCACCGGAGCAGCAGCACCUCAUCUUCGACGGGAAGCAGGUCGAGGAUGGCCGCAACCUGGCCGAUUACGAUAUCCAGAAGGACUCCACCCUCCACCUCCUGCUUCACCUCCUCGGUGGUCGCGGCCUGUGUUGGUUCGAGCCCAGCCUGAGAGCCCUCGCAGAAAAGUACAACUCAAACAAGAAGAUCUGCUGCAAGUGCUAUGCUCGGCUAUCUCUCAGAGCUACAAACUGUCGCAAGAAGAAGUGCGGCCACAGCAACCAGCUGAGGAUAAAGAAGAACAGGUACAGGAGGUGGUGGCACUAA